AUGGGGUCCCUGUUCCAGAAGACGGAUGCGGCGGUGACUCGGCUGCAGCAGUUGGAGUCCGUUCCGCCCCCUCCUCCUCCGCGCGGGCCACUUCCACCGCCGAACCCUACUCAUGGCGUGGUCACCACCUUCGACCUCAACCAUGCUCCGGGUACAUCGGCACGCGCCUCUGCGUCGCCCCCGUCUGAGCACGCCUACGGGCACUGCGAGCAGGGCGGCGGGAUCCUUAGACCCCGGCCGUCCAACUUCAUUCAGGGUAUGACUCAUGAUCCUCAUCCUCCCUUGCCUGAUACAUCUUGCGGACUUAAGGAUGUAGCGAAUAUAAAAUCUCCUUUGCCUAAGAUCGAGUUUCCCAAAUUUGACGGUGAUAAUCCUCGUUUGUGGCGAGAUCGGUGUGAGAUGUACUUCGACGUCUAUGCUGUGAGCGCGGCCAUGAAGACUCGGUUUGCUGCAUUGAAUUUUGUUGGCGCGGCUGCUCUUUGGCUUCAGUCUGUUGAGCGCAGGGGCAGGAUUACUGAUUGGGAGAAGUUCUAUCAGUUGGUUUUUCAGAAAUAUGACAGAGAUCAGUACAAGAACCAGUUACGUCAGUUGGAUUCUCUUCAACAGACUGGAACAGUUGCUGAAUAUCAGGCCAAAUUUGAGCAGCUUUCUCAUGGGAUUCUUCAGUACAAUGAAUCAUAUGAUGAUACAUAUUUUGUGACACGCUUUGUGGGGGGCCUCAAGGAGGAAAUCAGGGCUGCUAUUGCUUUACACAGGCCUCCAGAUGAACAGGAAAUUGAGAAUGCUAGAAGCAAGAUUCCUGGAAAAGGGGAUGCUAACUAUAAACCCUGGAAAGUGGAGGGUAAGACUUAUCAGAAGAGGUUGGACACCCCUACUGGUCCAAAACAGGGAGGUGACAAGCUUGAGUCAUUGAAAGAAUUCAGAAGAGCUAAUGGUCUAUGCUAUAAAUGUGGAGAGAAAUGGAACCACAAUCACAAAUGUCCACCACAGGUGCCAUUGCAUGUGUUAGAAGAGUUGUGGGAUACUAUGGAUCAGGUUUUUGAUAGCACUGAUCUAGAUGAGGUUACUCCCCAACCAACUGAGGUAGUGUUGGCCGUCAAUGUUGAUUCCCCACCAAGCUCAAGGAUAAUGAAAUUUUUGGCUCAGAUUGGUAAAACUCAGAUUCUUGUACUAGUUGACUCUAGAAGUGUUGGCACCUUUGUCAGUCAAACUCUGAUUGCUAAGCUCAAGUUACCAACUCUGACAUGCAAUCAAGUUCAGGACAAGGCUGCUGAUGGGGGGCUCAUGACUUGCACUCAGUAUAUCCCAGAAUUGCACUGGUAUACCCAGAAGCAGUCAUUUUGCUCUCAAGCUAAAGUGCUACCCCUACAAUGUUUUGACAUGAUUCUAGGGGAAGAUUGGCUAGAAGCAGUCAGUUCUAUGUGGGUAGAUUGGAGAUCCAAACUGAUGAGGUUUACUUACAAGGGCCAAAGGAUUGAGUUGCAAGGGUUGAAAGAUGAUACUUUUCAUUGUGCUGAAAUCAGUCCCAGGAGACUGCAAGGUUUAUUCAGACACCAAGCAGUUGUGCACUGCAUUCAGUUCCAGAUGAUACAAGAAACGGUGCCAGCAGAUCCUGAUUUCUCAGGAUUGCCUCAGCAUAUUGCUUCAUUGAUCAAGGAAUUCUCCCUUCUGUUUGAAGAACCCACAUCUCUACCUCCAAAAAGCUUACUGCACAUUACUGAGCAGAGGAUUACUUCAAAGUUGCAGCAUAAAGCACUUAUGAAGCUCAUGGAUCUCAACUUUACCUUACAUUACAAGAAAGGAGUGUCAAAUACAGCAGCUGACUCCUUGUCCAGGUGUUAUACCGAUUCAGCAGUGCAAGCUGUGUCUGCUUGUGUACCCUCUUGGCUUACAAAAUUGCAAGAAGGAUAUUUAGAUGAUCCUCAGGCUCAGCAAUUGCUGACAGAACUCAGUAUUUCUCCAGACUCUACUAAUGGGUAUUCUCUAGUUGAUGGGAUCAUCAGAUACAGAGUCCCAGACCUGGAAGAAUGGCUUAAACAGCGCCAGCUAUUGAACAAACUCAUACAACAACAAUUGUUGCGUGCCCAACAGAGAAUGAAGAAACAAGCUGACCGGAACAGGUCUGAUAGGGUGUUUGAACCUGGUGAAAUGGCAUAUCUGAAGCUCCAACCUCAUCUAAAGUCUUCGGUGGCUUAUAGAACCAAUCAUAAGCUGUCCUUUAAAUACUAUGGGCCUUUCAAGGUACUUCAAAGGGUUGGACCCACGGCAUACAAGCUGGAACUCCCACCUGAUUCUCGCAUUCAUCCAGUGGUACACGUAUCUCAACUGAAGAAGUGUAUUGGUCCGUUGCCGGAUGCUACACAGGACUUAUCUUCUAUCAGUACUGACCCAUUCAGUGAGAUACAGCCUCAACAGGUACUUGAUCGCCGCCUGCAGGCUAAGGGCGCAUCGGUGGUCGCUCAAGUUCAGGUGCAAUGGACUUCACUCCCAGCGCAGAUGGCGACCUGGAAGAGGCAGUGGAUCUUCAGCACCGUUAUCCAAGGGCACCAGCUUGGGGACAAGCUGUCUUUCGUGGGAGAGGCAAUGUAA